GUCCACUGGUGCUGCCGCAACGGCGACCGCGCGGUCCGGCUGCAGCUCGAGCGGGGCGCGAGCUGCCCGGGCGCGCCCUCCGAGGACGCCGCGCACCCGCCGCCGGAUGUUCAGUUCGAGGCAUCGCUUGGCAGUUCCGUCGACAUACCCGCUCGACUUACCUGCUUCAGCCAGGUAGUUGCGAUGCCUCCCGGAAAGGUGACCGACGCAUUCGUGACAGCGGCAUUCGUUGCUUUGGGCGUCUACGUUUUGGGCGCCCUCGACAAGCAUCCCAUGCCCUAUUUUGGAAAAGAUGGCGUGAUGGACCUCGGGCUGCCUGAUCUUAAGUUCUGGUCUCCACCGCAUGCUGCAAUCGCAGUGAUUAUGUUCACAGCAAACCGCUACCCUGACCUUGUGAACACCGUCAAGGCGAUCGUUGCGAGCAUUGCGGCUUCGAUUGUUACCGUUGAAUUUGGCGAGCCUUUCAUCACGGACCAGGUGCUUCUCCGAGCGGUCGCGGCGGGGGCCGCGAUGUUCGCAGCGAAGACCGUGGGAGCGGUGUUUGCGCCGGCGGAGGCCAUCGCGAUUCUUUUUGUCGAUAACGCGGCCCUGAGGUCGAACAUGGGGAGGUGGUAUAUUUUGAUGCCCGGACUCAGCGGGACGUUGGUGUUGAUGUUGCUGGCGUCCAUCAAAAUAGCAGUCAGCGUGCCUUUGAGACGCAAGGCGGAGUGA